AAAAAAAAAAAUGAAGAUACAAUGCAUCGCCUCCCCUUCCUCUUCCUCCUUCUCCUCCUCUUCUCCCCCUUCGUGACAGCCAACGUCGAAAAAACAAUCUUUAUCGCCCCUUCCCCCCUCAUCAUCCCUACUAUUGACCCUAGCCUCGACGAUGACCUAGGGCUCGAGCGUCUCUCCCCGUUCGAGAACAUCCUCAGAACAAAGCUCAAUGCCUCGUUCCCAACCGAGGACGCCCCCGGAACAGACUCGUGGUAUUUCCUGGAGAACCUGCACCCGGGCCAACGGUACGAGGUACGGAUAUGUUGGUUGGCUACUCAACCUACAUCCUUCACUCUAAGGACCUACACUCUCCCUUUCAUAACCUCUCCACAUGAAGCUCCAGAAGAAGAUCCCUCCCUCCUCUCGCAACUCAGCCGGUAUGCUUCCUCCCGCCUCGCAACCGCGCAGCCAGCUCUCCACCUCACCCGGUACCGUUCCUCUUCCUACUCCCACUCCUCUGGCGCAGACCCCGCGCCGAUCUCAGACUCGGUGCUCUUUCUGCGCAUCACGGCCGCGGCGGAUUAUUUCUCGCUGGACCAGUCCUUGAUGGAGACCGUGCCGCCUGUGCUGGCGGAUAUCAUUCUCGAUCCGUUCCUAGGGAAUGUGGUUCCGAGGAGCUUGGUGCCGACCGCGUCUUGGAUGGUUGUGGUAGCGGGUUUUGCGGUCGUCGCUGCGAGGUGGGUGGUUAAAGAAUUGAAUCGUGUUGUGGAGACGAGGGACAACGAGGAUGAGAAAAAGGAUCAGUAAGAGAAUUAAAGUAAUCAAUUGCAAAAAGUUUUUGUUUUUUUUUUUUUUUUUUUUUUUU